GGGUAAAACCGUAAAAAGAAAACCUGCAGAACGGGCUUGGCUGGGUUCUCCCUUCUCCCUCCUCCCUCCCUGUUCUACCGCCGCCACGCGCGCCACCAUCGGCGACCUCACCGUCGGCGCGUCGUCAUUCCGCUGAACCCUUUUUCCUCGUCAAGGCAAUUCCGCCCUCCUCUUCCUCCCGCCCCUCUUUCUUGGACCGCGCCGGCGUGGGGUGGGGAUCCGUUCGGACUUGGAUCGGCUCCCCCAUUUCCUCGCUCUUCUUCCUAGCGCGCAAGGCCGAUCUCCCCCAAGGUGCUGGGCGUCGGCGGGCGCGUGCUACCUUACCGCUCACGGAAGGAUGGACAAGCUGGUGCAGUUCGGGAGGAAGGCGUGGUUCAUCGUGCGGGUGAUGUCCGGCUACGAGGAGAGGAGGAUCCGGUCCUACAGGCUGCAGCUGCAGAAGCGCCUCGAGAUGGCCCAAGCUAGGAAGGAAGAGCUGCAGAAACAGCCAGAAAAAGUUAUCUUAUCGGAGGUUCGUCAAGUGGUUCAGCAGAUGCAAGCUCUCAAUCAGCAUCUUGAAGAAGCUGAAACUGCCAUAGAUGAAUAUUUCAAACCAAUCGACAAGAAUGCUAAGAUCAUAACAGAUAUGCAGAUGGAGAAAGAAGAAAAGCAAAUGAAGGAGAUGGCAAAAGUUAUGCAAGAGCAAAUAAAAAUGCAAAGAGAAAUCGCAAUGAAAAGAGCUGAGGCCGCCAACCUAGAGUCUAAGGAUGCUCAAGUGAGUGAAAAAGUAGCAGAAAUCCCUCCGAAAUAAGAAACUGUAAAAUAGAUACUGUGUGUCGUUCCUGUUCUCCGGAAGUUUGUGUGCGUGUGCAUACUCUUUGAUCUUUGCAUAUGUUUUGGGCUAGGUAAUAAGUAUGUACUUACAAUGCGACAAUUAGUCAAUCACCAAUUUUGUGAUUCUCAGAGGCUAUUCAUUUACUAUCGGCUCACAUAUAAAUUUCCUUCACUUUUUUAUUA